CUCUCUCUCUCUCUCUCUCUCUCGCCAUGGAUAGAGUACAGAUGCUUCUGUUAGGGCUACCUCUGUUUCUCUUCUGUUCGGACCUCCUAAACCUCUUUACUCUUCCGCCACCCAAGCCAUCUAAUCAGCACCUCCACCACCACCAACACCAACACCAACACCAACAACAUCAGCAGCUACCUGUUGUUCAACAAACCCUUGAUUUCCCUACCCAGAAACCUACGAGUGCUGGAGGCAUCGGGUUUGGCAACACCAUCAAUAUCAAUUUCUGCUACUCCUGUUCUUACAGGGGAACUGCAGCGACAAUGAAGAAGAUGCUGGAGACAUCUUUUCCUGGGAUUGAUGUUAUUCUUGCAAAUCACCCCCCAACCCUUCCAAAACGCCUACUUAGCAAAGUUGUGCCAGUUGUUCAAGUAGGAGUUGUUGGGAUAGUAGUGGCUGGUGAACAGAUUUUCCCUAGGCUGGGUUUUAUGACACCACCUCCUUGGUACUUCUCCUUGCGUGCAAAUAGAUUUGGAACCUUUGCAUCCACUUGGCUCCUUGGCAAUUUUGUGCAAUCCUUCUUGCAGAGUUCUGGGGCUUUUGAAGUUUACAGCAAUGGUGAAUUGGUUUUCUCAAAACUGAAGGAGCAGAGGUUCCCAAGCGAAUUUGAGUUGAGGGAGCUCCUCAACCAGAAAUUGGGGAAUUCAAGAAUUAUGGAUGUUGGAACUGUCUGGUCGCAGUGAACUUGGGGAAAUGAAAUUGUUGUGAUAAGAGGUGGCAAAAGAUGUGCGGCAUGGCAUGUUCAAGAGACAAAAAAUCUUAGAUUUGUUGGCAAAGUUUUCUAUAUGAAUCAGAUUGCCAAUUGGGUGUAUAAAUUUGAAGAACAGGUUGCCUAACGCCUCCAAACUUUAUUUUUCCUCA